AUGGAAGCCAGGAAAGCUGAGAGCUAAAACCACUUUGAGGAUCUUCAUUAGUAGUUAUGCUUAUGCCAAUGUUUAGCCUUCUUCUUUUUCUGUUUUUCUUAGUUCUUCUUCUCCAGAAGAUACAAAAGCGAAAGCAGCGGCUGCGGCUUCCUCCUGGCCCUCGAAAACUUCCUAUCAUCGGAAACCUUCACCAAAUCGGAGCAAUUCCCCACCAGUCGUUUUUUGAAAUGUCAAAGAAACAUGGCCCUGUAAUGCUUGUUCAUCUUGGAUUUGUCCCAACACUCAUUGUAUCCUCUGCAGAAGCCGCAAAAGAACUCUUUAAAGCCCACGAUCUCGAUUGCUGCAGCCGACCUCCCUUGACGGGCACCGGAAAGCUCUCCUAUAACUACCUCGACGUCGCCUUUACUGCCUAUGGCGAUUACUGGAGGGAAAUGCGACGUCUGUACGUUACCGAACUCUUCAGCAUUAAAAGAGUCCAAUCCUUCCGGUUCGUCAGAGAAGAAGAGGUGGAAUUCCUAAUAAAAUCAAUUUCGGAAUUCUCCAAAUUAGGGACACCGGUCAACCUCAGUGAGAAGCUGAUGUCUCUCAGCGCCGAUAUUGCUUGUCGGGUUGCUUUUGGAAAAAGCUUCAGAGAAAGGGGAUACGAUGAUUUGGGCGCGGAUUUCGAAGAGGAGAUACAUGAAGCUUUUGCUAUGUUGGGAAGCCUUGCGGCCGCCGAUUUCUUCCCCUACUUCGGUUGGAUUGUGGACAGAAUCACCGGUCUCCAUGGAAGACUCGAACGGAAUUUUAAAAAACUGGAUGCUUUCCUCCAUAAAGUCCUAGACGAUCACCUCUGUUCCGCUCGCCUAAUUACAGGGGAAGAACACGAAGAUAUCAUCGACACUCUGUUAAAAAUAGGGCAAUAUGAGACGGUAUCCGGUACUGAAAAAAUCACUCAUAAUCACAUCAAAGCUAUUCUUAUGGAAAUAUUUCUUGCCGGAUCCGAUACCGUUGCCAUAAGCAUGGCUUGGGCCAUGGCGGAGCUGGCAAAGAACCCACGAGUGAUGAAGAAAGCACAGGAAGAACUAAGAAACAGCGUUGGGAACAAAGGUAAAGUCUCAGAAACUGACAUCGAAAAACUUCCGUAUCUGAAGGCGGUGGUGAAGGAAAAUUGGCGGCUGCAUCCGCCUGUUGCUGCAGUACCUGAGGAUGUGGGAACAGCUGGUGCAAUUAGGGCCAUGGCACACCACCUGACUGCGGAGGACAUUUUGUUGUCGCUUCGACAUCAUGGUGCAGCGGUGACUGCAGUGCUUUGCUCUGCUCCUGUGAGUGGAGCUUUGGAAUCAGGAUCUGGUGGUGGAAAGGAUAAAAUCAAGAAACCUGGACGAUGUGACAUCAUUGGCCUAGACACUACUAAACAAUUUUCAUUAAGGAAACAAGGGAUAGCUGUCGCGGUUCUUGGUCGGCUUAACAUGAACGAGUUGCCCUUGGGGGGAUCUAAACGUGUCGAUUGUUUCGCAAAUUGGAGCAGGUUGGCGAAGGCACUUACGGGUCAGUUCUCUCAUUGUUUCGUUGUUUUCUACCGUCCUACAAUGUCUACUCAAGUUUACAGGGUCAAAGAAAAGAAAACGGGUGAAAUUGUUGCUUUGAAGAGACUACGAAUGGACAAAGAGAGAGAAGGGUUUACAAUCACUGCAAUAUGUGAAAUCAAAAUUCUAAAGAAGCUAAAUCACAAGAAUGUAAUUGAGCUUAAAGAAAUUGUGAUUUCUCAUGGUAAUAUUGUCAAAUGCUAUAUAUCCAUGCAGCCAUUUCACAAGAGUCUCACCUUACCCACUUUCUCACCAGUUAGUUCACCUCCCCAUGAUGUAUUCUCUUCUCUAAUCCUCCCCAAAUCUUCCCCUUCCUCCUUCACCCAGUACUUUGUCUUUGACAACGAUGGCAAUCAUAGCCCACCUCUCGAAGAAGCUUGCCUCCACUAGAUCCCAUAUUCCCUUUUAACCCUCAAUUUUCAAAAACUGUUUCGCAUUGAUGGGUUCUGCGAUUUGGGAACAGUAGAUGCAAGGGGAUUUUGGAAUUACUGAUGAACUAAUGGAUGAUUAAAGUAACAAACAGAACAUGUAAUU